AUCAUAUACAGUAUAUAGUAUAUACACAUCUGAGGGCCGAGUCACGACUCAGUAUCUAAAAUGUCUUUCAACUCAGUAGCCCCAGACUCCCAAACCCUAGAAGAAGAUCCCCAAAAUUCACCAAACAAAACACCGAAAACACAAAAUUCAACAUCACCCAACAAAGGCAAAUCGAAAAUAGAAGAUGAAUCCGCAUCUGAAUCCAGCUGCUGUGGGAUUUGCUUAUCGGAACAAGGAAGAUCAAUUCCAGGGUGUAUUGAUAGCUGUGAUCAUUACUUCUGUUUCGUUUGUAUUAUGGAAUGGGCCAAAGUGGAGUCUCGCUGUCCCAUGUGUAAGCGUCGCUUUUCCUCUAUUCGGAGGCCGAUAAAGGAAGGUGUUUUUGCUGCUGAACGGAUCGUUGAUGUCCCGGUUCGGGAUCAGGUCCACUAUCAUUUUGGAAAUGUCACUACUGGACCACGGGAUCAGUAUGCAGAAGUACAGUGUACUGUGUGCCACAGUACUUCAGACGAAUGUCUUCUAUUGUUAUGUGAUUUAUGUGACUCUGCUUCACAUACAUACUGUGUUGGGCUGGGUGGUACUGUACCUGAGGGUGAUUGGUUUUGCCAAGACUGUACUGUUUUGAGGGACGAGCAUGCCAGGGAUGACAAUGAUCUCGAUGCUGACAGUUCAGGUGACGCUGAUGCUAAUUGGGGCAAUCAAACUAGUUUACGGAACCAUCAAAAACCUCCCUCGGUUGAAGCCCCUGUAUCCAUCCAUGAUAUUGUCAGGGAACCCGGUUCUCAUGGUGUCGAGAGAUUAUCAACUAAACGAAGAUGUUUAUCAUCAGGACGUGUGCGUGAUGAUGGGAUACGUAGAGAAAGAGCUAAUGUUGAGCACAGUUCUCAAGCACAAUAUCCUGCUGAAUCUGCUGAAUCUGGUAGAAGUCAACUGGGAGCAAGAACGUUACGGCAGUGUCGCGAUGUUAAUGGUCGAAUACGUGCAUUACGUGAAAAUUGGGAUAAGAUCAGACAGGGGUCCUUGAGCUUCUCUUCUAUUACAACUAGUAGCCAUGGCUGGGAUGAGGUACGAAAACGUACUUCUCAACCAAAUACCUCAUCCUGCUCAAAUCAGCAAGCGGGGCCUCAAAAGAGUUCUUCCUUUAACAAUAAUUGCACACAAGAUAUUGACAAGGCCUGGAAGAUGAUGACUGUUGCAAAGUCAAUUGAAAAUAAGAGAUGUACGAACAAUGUUAUAUGUACCUCAAAUGCUUUAAAGCGUCCUGUCAGUAAUAUCAGAACACCAAAGGAAUCUGGUGGUGUAAGGUCAAUGGUUCUCUCAUCAUAUAAGGUUGGAAAUAAGGUUCAUGAUGGUAUCAAAUUGGGUAACAAUCACCGAGACUCUCUAAAGGAAUCGAGUAGUGUGAGGUCAAUUGUUCUCUCAUCAUUGGCAGUUGGAAAUAAGGCUCAUGAUGGUAACAAAUUGGUUAGCGAUCACCGUGACUACCUUGUGGCAAAACAUAAUAAUAAGCCUGGAUUUCACAAAUAUGAAAACGAGAAAUUGUGUACAGUUCCAAAUCUCGAUUAUCCAGCUAAGCAUUCCACAGAAUCUUCUAAAUUGUCGAAAAUUAAAAUGGCACAAGAUUCAGUUCAAGUUGGAGUGGAUCUCGGAAACAUUGUGAAUCUGCCAUCUGAAAGUUUACCUGUAACAUUCUCAAAAAACGGUUCUACUUGCUGUAGUACAGGGUCUGUUGCUGAAAAUUGUUCUAUUGCCAAACAGAAUUUUCAUGCAUCUUUCCCCUCUUCCAAUAUUGAGGAAGAAAGUAAGGUGAACAAAAGUGUGGCAGAUGGAAAGGCCAGGAUAGAAAGUGAUGCCAAGAGUGAAAUUCAAUCCCUCGUCAAGCUCAAUUUGAAGCUAAUAAGCACAGAUAAGAAGCUAGAUACCAAUACAUUCAAGGAAGUUGCUAGACUUGCUACACACUCCAUCUUAGCUGCAUGUGGUAUAGGGACUUCAAAGCCUGGAGCCCGAACCUUCCAAAGCUCAAUUUGUAGUCAUGCAGAAAGAGCAAGAAGGUCUACUCUAAUGCCCAGCUCUUGCAGAGAAUGUUUUUUCAUUUUCGUGAAAGAUGUUGUCAGUACCAUUAUGCUUGAAAAAAGGACUAAAUUUGAAUCAUCAUGCUAAGGGGCUUUCAUUUUGGCACUUUCAUUUUGAUGAAAGCUGUUGACAAUGAUGGAAGUAUUUUUUUCAACAACCUUGUAUGUCGGAAUUGUAAGUGCUUAAUUUUUGUAUAUUUAUAUAGAAAUAAGCUACUUGAUCUUCAGAUAUGUAACGUCACAACUCAAUAAAUGAAACCUUGUCUCAUAAAUGUGAAGCAGAGAUACCCCCA